GCCCUGCCUCACUCUGUUUUCUUCCUUUCAAAAACAGAGUGAAACAGAGAACUACUGAACUCAAAUUCUGCUUUGGAUUUCCCUUCUAUAUCGUCUCUCCAUAAAUUCAGUUUCUCAGGGUAGAAAAUUUCAGGGGAAACGAUGUUGUCGACAAAGUCGGAAUCCGAUAUCACGAGCCUAGCUCCAUCUUCACCAUCGAGGUCACCGAAACGUCCCGCGUACUACGUCCAAAGCCCUUCGCGGGACUCCCAUGAUGGGGACAAGUCCUCUUCGAUUCAACCCAGUCCCAUGGAGUCACCUUCGCACCCAUCGUCGAUCGGACGGCAUUCAAGGAACUCUUCCGCCAGCCGGUUCUCAGGGAUUUUCAGGUCUUCGUCUGGGAGGAAAGGGGGCCGGAAGAGGAACGACAAAGGGUGGCCAGAGUGCAAUGUUAUUAUGGAAGAAGGGUCUUACGAUGAAUUUGAGGACAAGGGUUUAACGAGGCGAUUGCAGGCGUUGCUUGCCGUCUUCACUUUCGUGGUUUUGUUUACAGUGUUUUGCCUGAUUAUCUGGGGAGCUAGCAGACCUUACAAAGCAGAAAUUACAGUCAGGAGUUUGACAGUGAACAACUUCUAUGUUGGGGAAGGCACAGAUUUUUCCGGGGUCCCAACAAAAAUGCUUACAGUGAAUGGGUCAUUAAAGAUGAACAUAUACAAUCCUGCUACAAUAUUUGGCAUCCAUAUUAGCUCCACCCCAAUCAAUCUUAUCUAUUACGAAAUCCCUGUAGCAACUGGCCAGCUGAAGAAGUAUUAUCAACCAAGAAAGAGUCACCGGACAGUUUCAGUGAUCUUGGAAGGAACAAAGGUUCCUCUCUAUGGAGCAGGAUCAAGCUUAACAGUGUCACCAACUGGGGUUGAGGUUCCAUUGAGGUUGAAGUUUGAAAUUCGGUCAAGGGGUAAUGUGGUCGGAAAGCUUGUGAGGACUAGACACCGGAAACAGAUUUCAUGCCCCUUGGUUAUUGACUCUACAAGCACCAAAGCUAUCAAGUUCAAGAAGGACUCUUGCACAUAUAUGAGUGAGUGAUGCAUCAUCUAUGGCUGUUUUUGGGCUGCUGAGGCCUCAAUAACCUUCUUCAAUGUGUAAACAAGGAAAUGUGAAGGAGACACAAUUAUAUGUUUUCCCCUUUUUAUCUGUGUAAGAAUGUAAUUGAUGAUCUUAAUCUUGUGGGUUGUAUGCAAAUAAUUAAAUAAAUGUAUAUGAGUUUU